AUGCCAGCUCCUUACCCAAAAGCAUGUAUAAGCUGCGCAAAAUCGAAGCGGCGAUGUGACAUGGCUUCCCCCCGCUGUUACCGUUGCAAAGUACGCUCACUGGAGUGUCAAUACCAACAUACGCCUAUUACUCGAGAAACAAAUACAUCGGUUUCAGAACAAACCUCAGCCAUUUCCACUGCAUUCGAGGGGCGCUCCGUUAGUAAUGCUCUCCGCGGUAAUGGGGAUGACGCGGCAGAGGGAACUGGUCUUGUCUUUGAAGAUACUUUAAUGGAUAUGUCACUUCCAUCAUUCCCUGACUACAAUCUUGACUGGCAGGAUAUUAUGGAAAACAUUCAAGACUUUGCCGUUCCCGAUCAAUUAAGGGUGAACGACUCUCCCAGUAGAAGUGUAUUGGCAGGGGAGAUUUAUCAAGCUCGAAUCAUCUACUCUGUCAAAAGAAUGAAGUCUCUUCCAAGUUCCUUCGUGUCAGAAGGAAGAACAUCUUUCAUACACACAAGUCUGUAUGAACCAUAUACCCCUCAGGCAAUCCAAGAUAUUCUAGGUCUCUGUGCCCUGUAUGACAGGAAGACAGAGGCGAACCAAGGCUUAGUCCAUCGAAUUAUCACUCAACUGGCAGAUCGCCUCAUUGUAGAUUUUGCGCAUCUUUCUGCACUGGAGCAGCUUGCCUCGGUUCAAGCCAUGACCCUGUUACAGAUUAUCAGGCUAUUUGAUGGAGAUAUCCGCCUACGGGGCGACGCAGAAAGAACAGAACCUCUUUUCGUCGAGUGGAUACGCCAGCUCCAGCAUCAAACACAACAACUUUUGGGAACUAGAGAGGACAUGGCGUGUCAGAUUUCUAGCGAAACAACAGGGUCGUGGCAAAAUUGGCUAUAUGCUGAAAGUCUGAGACGAACUAUCAUUAUGGGAUAUACGCUGCAGGGACUCUACUGCUUUCUCAAGAAUGGAUGGGACGAUUCGCACCAUGAGUUCGGGAUUUUAUCCUUUUUUGCGCAGAAGGCUCUUUGGGCUGCAAGUUCCGAGCCUCAGUGGAAAUCAUGCCUCAAUAAGCACGACCCUCUCGCAGUUCGAUUUAACACCUGGGAUGAAGAUAUCUCAGCUGCCAAACCAACAGAUAUUGAUGAUCUUGGCAUGACAAUGAUGGUUUUGGUGAAAGGUGUAGACUACUGCUCCAGUUGGGCUGGAGAUGAUAAUGCUGAAAAGUUCGGGCUGGUUUCGUGA